CUUUUUAGAUGGCUCAUCUGUCUUGUAUGUUCUGUCCCUCGAAAUUGAUUGAAAAAAGAAAGGUAGGUUGAAAUCUGAACUGCUUAAAAACUAAACCAAAGCAAGAUGCAUUUUAGAAACAUGCCAAUGCAAAAUACCCCAAACCCAAUGGUCAUGAUCUUGGCAUGAGCACAUGAAUUACUUGGAAACAAAUAUUUCUGUGCAGCCAAUGGCCAUUCCAUGCAUCACGCCGAGAUUCAAGGCCAAUUAUAAGAAGCAUUUUGAGAAACCAGACAUACCAACAAUCCCUGAACUCAUGGCCGCCGCUACAUUAAUCCUGCAUUUCAUCUCCUUCCUUAGUCUCCAUUAUAUUGUUGCCACCACAUUAUUUUUAAGUUUCAUUCCAAUGCUUAUUCAUUCUUCAACCCUAGACUCCGACAUCGAAGUCCUUCGAACUGUGAAGCACUCCGUUGAUUCUAGGUCUAUCUCUUCGGACUCUUUCCUUGAUACUUGGGAUUUCAGGGUGGAUCCCUGCGGAAGUACAGGCCGACACUUCCUUGGAGUCUUAUGUAGUAUUCCUCUCGACCAUAGUCCCAGCAGGAUCAUAGCUAUUGAUCUCGAUGAUGUUGGAUAUGAUGGGUUUUUGACACCAUCGAUCGGGAACCUAACCGAGCUCACCAUUCUUAAUCUGAGCAAGAACAAGUUUAGAAGAACCAUACCGGAAUCCAUCUCCAAUCUUACAAAACUCACCAAACUAUCUCUCGCCGACAAUUGCCUCGCCGGCACCAUUCCUACAGAAAUCACUUUGCUCAAGAAUCUGGAAUAUCUAGACAUGUCGGGAAACACUCUUUCUGGCUCAAUUCCAACAAAUAUUUCUAGACUACGAAAUCUCAGCUACUUACGUAUGGCAAGAAACGCACUCACCGGCACAAUCCCGGACCUUACCGGAUUAUGGCAACUAGAAACUCUAGAUCUUUCUUACAACCAGCUUUAUGGAAAUCUGCCAUAUUUUCCUCUCAGAUUGACAACUCUGUCUCUGAACGAUAAUAUACUUACAGGCCACAUUUCUCCGGUUAAUAUGCUCAGCAACCUUAGUCGGCUAGAUCUAAGCCACAACCUCCUUUCAGGUAUCAUUGGCAAGGAAAUUCUUUCAUUUCCUAGGCUGGUUUACCUUAACGUUUCAAACAACCAGUUCAAUGCAAUAGAGGCGGCCAACUUUUCCAUGGAAGAGAGACAACUUCACUUUCUUGAUGCAGAAAAUAACAAUCUUCAUGGUCUUCUGCCUGUCAAUUUGACCACGAUUCAGAACUUAACCGCGAUUAAUCUAUCACGUAAUGAGUUUGCUGGGCCCAUACCAAGAGAAUUUGGAAACAAAAUAGAGCAAUCAUGGAGAAUCCUGUACUUGGAUAACAACUUUCUGUCAGGAGAUCUUCCAACAGAGUUCAUCACUCACUCGAAAAGGAUCACGGGCAGCCUCGCAAAUAACUGCCUAAAGUGUCCAGUGCACAUAAAAUUAUGCCGUGGAGGGCAAAGGCCUGCUUCAGAAUGCAUUAGGUAGAGUAAUGCACGGAAGCACACACGGGAAAUCGUCAGAUCGAAAUCGUAUGGGAGCAUCAUGAGGGAGAAGCAGGAAAGCUUGUUUCAGUUCCAACAAUUAAAAUAAAAUCCUUGUGAAUGUGGAAACCAAGCAGGAAUC